UCGUUCGAAAAGCAUCUAUCCAUCAUUCCUUCCUUCCUAAGGGACUUAGCCGAGGAGACAGACUGCACUCUGUUCUCUCUCACUUUCACUUUGUCGAGAAAUGGAGAAGCUCUCCGACGAUUUAGGGUUAGCUCUGUGCAAAAAGGAUAUCCUGCGUCGAACUCGAGACCUGGUCCAAUCCCAGGCAAAUGCCGUGGAGGAGCAUUUCGACUCCAUCGUCAAGGCCAUCGGCGAAAGGCUGGAGCAACUCCGGGCCCGGGAGAGGUCGGUAGAGGAGAGGUUUGCAGAGGUCGUGUCGAAGGAGAGUGAGCUGGAGAAGAAGGCUAAAGAAUUUGAGAGGGAGGUUCUCAUGAGGGAGGAGAGGCUGGCCCAGUUGGAGAGGAGGCUCGAGGAUUGCUCGAGGGAAUGCAGAGAGGAGGAGGAUCGUCUGGCGUCGGCAACGGAUUAUCUCGCUGAAUGUCUCCGGGAGACCGAGUUUAAGAAGAAGGAGCUGGUUUCUGUGAGGGAUUCCGUCGAGGAAUGCCGGAGGGAGUUCGGGAUGAAAAAGCAGGAUCUGGAUGAAUGCGCUAGGGAGCUCAAUUUAAAGGAGAGAGAGCUCGGCUCGAUCAAGACGUUGAUUGAUGAGUAUAAUGAGGAGCUGACGUCCAAAAAGAAGGAUCUUGAUGCCAUUAGGAAGUCCACCAUAGCGUGCUCCGCUGAGGUCGACUCGAAAGAGAGCGAACUGGCGGUGCUCGGGAAGUCUGUGAAAGAUCUCGAGGUGGAGAGACCAAAGGAGGAUAAAGUGGAGUCUCUUCAGAAAUGUUCACGACGAGACUCGGAAGAAAUCGGGUUGAAGAAAGCGGAGCUUGCUUCCCUCCAGAAAACCAUCAGAGAAGUUAGAGGUGAUCUUGACUUGAAAGAGAGAGAGUGCCGAGUAUUAUGUACCUCUAUCAAGAACAAUAAUGUCGAGCUCGAAACGAAAAAGAAAGAGCUAGAAUCGACCAUGGCUUUGCUCGUUGCAAGGGAAGGUGAGCUGAAGUCUAGAGAGUACCAACUUGAGAUUAGUCAAAAGGAACUGGCUUUGGCUAGAGCUGAAAGGGAUGGAUGCCGCAGAGAAAUCCAUUUGGCCAAAGCUUCGUUCGAGGAACGUUCCAGGAUACUAGAGGCAAAGGAGAGAAAGCUCCAAGGGCAGCUUAUGGUGUUAAUAAUCCAACACGAAUGUUUGCAGUCGAGAGAGAAGGCUGACGUUCUUGUUUUCCAAAAGGAGCUCUUAGACAUGAUGAUUCAAAUGUCGCUCGAUCCCGCGAAACUGGUGUUGCAGGCUAUGCAGGAACUUGACUCCUCAAGUUCAUUCGAUAGUGGCGUAACCAAGAGAAGCUGUCUGUUGCUGUUACGCUGCUUAGGUGAGGCUUCGCCGGUGAUUAAGCCUCAGGUGAAGGAAGCUGCAAUGGCACUGGCUAAACAAUGGAAGGCUCAGCUGGCUGCUUCUUCAGCCAAUUAUAUUUUUGGGGUGUUGGCUCUCUUGAGGCUUAUAGUGGUCUAUGAAUUAAUCCCAGCAUUUUGUCCGAAUGAGCUGGAAGAUCUUGUCAAUUCUAUAUCCGACCAUGUCGAAACAAAUGAACUACGAGUGCUCCUCGGUUUAUCAAGACCUCUACCUUCCCCGAAGGUCAUACUUCUUCCUCAGGCUGAAAAGAAGCUAAAGAAGCUUGCUCAGAGCUCCCCGAAAGUUGAUGAUGGUUCCCGACUACAGAAUAUAAUCAAGCGAAUGCGCAUGACCUAAAGGAGUUACUUCUGGGAGUCUUGAAGACUAUCAAAUGAUUAGUGAGAUUACCUGCCGCAAACUGCCCCCCUUUUAACUCUUCUAGCUUCCAUCGUGUAGAUUAAUGUGGGCUUGGAAAUAGUUGGGCUGCAUAGCUCCUUGUGGAUAACAAAGCUGUAAGUUUAGAAACAGUAUGGAAUCUAUAUUGCAAUUAUCUGUCUCUGUGUGAUGAUUUCUAAGUAAAAUUACGAACGAAAUCGUGAUAUGGAAAUUGCUUUGUUAGUCGAA